GGCUGGGGGUACGUGCGCGCGGCCGGCGGGACGGGGACACGGUUGCGGGGCAAGCGUGAUGGUGCCCCAUCGGGUGCCCAGGUGGCCGUCGUGGCUGUUCCGGGCCUCUCCAGGAUGGGCGCAGACAGCGUGUGCCCUCAGAGCCUGGGUGCCGCAGGGAAGGUGGCCCGGCAGCUCUCGGGGCGCGGGGGCGGCCAGCCCCCUGGCCCGCAGGGGCUGCUCCUCGAUGCCCUCCCAGCCCCCCGAGGUGAUGCUGACCCAGGAGCGCUACCCCGUGCGGCGGCUUCCGUUCUCCACAGUGUCCGAGCAGGACUUGGCCGCCUUUGAACGCAUCGUCCCUGGCAGGGUCACCACAGACCCAGGGGAGCUGGAGGCUCACAACGUGGACUGGCUGAGGACGGUCCGAGGCUGCAGCAAGGUGCUGCUGAGGCCCAGGACGUCGGAGGAGGUGUCCCGCGUUCUCAGGCACUGCCACGAGAGGAACCUGGCUGUGAACCCACAGGGGGGGAACACAGGCAUGGUGGGGGGCAGCGUCCCCGUCUUCGAUGAGAUCAUCCUGUCCACCGCCCUCAUGAACCAGGUCAUCAGCUUCGACGAUGUGUCCGGAACCCUGGUGUGCCAAGCGGGCUGUGUGCUGGAGCAGCUGAGCCGGCACGUGGAGGAGCGCGGCUUCGUCAUGCCACUGGACUUGGGUGCCAAGGGCAGCUGCCACAUCGGGGGAAACGUGGCGACCAACGCCGGCGGCCUGAGGUUUCUUCGAUACGGCUCUCUGCACGGCACCGUCCUGGGCCUGGAAGUGGUGCUUGCCGAUGGCACCGUCCUAAACUGCCUCACCUCCCUGAGGAAGGACAACACGGGCUACGACCUGAAGCAGCUCUUCAUCGGGUCAGAGGGCACCCUGGGGGUCAUCACCGCAGUGUCCAUCCUGUGUCCACCCAAGCCCAAGGCUGUGAGCGUGGCUUUCCUCGGCUGUCCCAGCUUUGCCGAGGUUCUGAGGACCUUCUGCACCUGCAAGGGGAUGCUGGGCGAGAUCCUGUCUGCGUUUGAGUUCAUGGACGCCGAGUGCAUGCAGCUGGUGGGACGCCACCUCCACCUGGCCCGCCCGGUGCAAGAGAGUCCGUUUUACGUCCUGAUCGAGACCUCGGGCUCCCACGCAGGCCACGACGCCGAGAAGCUGGGCAGCUUCCUGGAGCACGCGCUGGGCUCGGGCUUGGUGACCGACGGGACCUUGGCCACCGACCAGAGGAGAGUCAAGAUGCUGUGGGCCCUGCGGGAGCGGAUCACAGAGGCGCUGAGCCUGGACGGCUACGUGUACAAGUACGACCUCUCCCUGCCCGUGGAGCGGCUCUACGACCUCGUCACCUCCCUGCGCGCCCGCCUGGGCCCACGCGCCAAGCACGUGGUGGGCUACGGCCACCUGGGGGACGGCAACCUGCACCUCAACGUGACGGCAGAGGCCUUCAGCGAGCCGCUGCUGGCCGCCCUGGAGCCCCACGUGUACGAGUGGACGGCCGCCCAGCGGGGCAGCGUCAGUGCCGAGCACGGCGUGGGCUUCAAGAAGAGGGACGCGCUCGGCUACAGCAAGCCCCCCACGGCCCUGCGGCUCAUGUGCCAGCUCAAGGCCCUGCUGGACCCCAAGGGCAUCCUGAACCCCUACAAGACGCUGCCCACCCGGGCCUGACAGCCCCUUCCUCUGCGACUGAGGGGGCCUGUCCAUUAGGAAGACUUCCUCCGAGCGAGGUGUGGCCGGCCGGGGUCGCCCGCCGAGGUCAGCCUUUCGUAUCCUGCGUC